AUGCAGGCGCAGUUUCUGGAGUGCGUUAUACUGAAAGCAUUUGCAGUUGGCAUUGCCUCAUACUCAAUGUGUGAGUUGUCACAGUUUCAUUGCCAGAUAAAUCACCUCGGUAUUCCUUUGAAAUGUGAUGAAAAGACUGGAGCAUUGUGUGCAGGACAUACUUCAUUAAUUAGUUUUCAAACUAAAAGAAAUGGUACACUUUUUGGAAGAAUGCAACAGAAUAAUAUCAAGAAUCUUAAUAUAGCAGUAAAUUCCUUCAUAUCUGGACGGAGAGAUCAAGCUUUAGUUGAAUUCACCUUGUUUAUACUUCCUCAAACUUACAAGCCUCUUAAAGAAAUUAGAAUUUGUCUGAAUAACAAAUUUUGGGAGUCGAAGGAACUAAAACGUAAAAAUGAAGAAAAAAUGUGCAACGAAAAAUAG